UCUAGGUAGGUAUUAGAACAGAAUUAGAGAGCAAUAUUUACCUGAACCGAUUAGGAGUCUAUAAAAUAUUGCUCUAAUGUGGUGCAUGUUUAAUGCUUGAUGUAAGCAUGCUUGGGUUUUAAAUGCUUUCCUAAAUUCCUGGUAUCUUUUUCAGGAAGACCAUCCCAGCCAGCACCUGCAGGGCCCUUGCACUGAAAACCCAGCAGUGCAAACAAGCUGGGAGGCCAUCGGGAAGGUAUUUGCUGCUGAAGCCUGGGUACAUCUUCUCUUGAGCUGUGACAAGAUGCCGGCUGGAUUCCAGAGAGCUUCUUCCUUCCUUUCACUAACACUCCACACAAAAGUUAAUCUACCUGACUGAGAACAGCUGAAAUCCACCUGUUUGGCCUGGCUUUGCUGUGGCUAUGUUCUCAGCUGUCAUUCUUCACAUUUGAACUCCACCCAUUGUACCAGUCACCCCCAAAAGAAUCAGCAGGUCUCCUGGCAGAUGUAUAAAACCAGAACAAGUCAGGACUCUAUCACAUAGUGUGCUAUACAUCACCAGCCGCUCCAUUUUAUCGAAGGAGAGGACUUUAACAGGUGUCAGAAGCCACAAUGUCGAGUAAAAGCUUCCAGGGACUGAAGGAACAAGCUGAAGGUGCAGCAAAAGAUGCUGCAAACGCACUGGGACAGGCCACUCAGGAUGCAGUCAACCAGAUAACAGAUGCAGGCCAGAAAGCUUUUGACAAGGCUUCCAAGACAGCACAAGAUGGAGUAGAAAAAGUGACCGGACAGGCUGCAGAAGCCAUGUCUGGCUUUGGGAAAAAAUGUGGAUUCAAAAAAUGAUGCUAAUUCAAGUCACCAGUACUGCUUGUAUAAAUCUCUCUUUGGCCUGUUAUUACCUACUUCUUUGUGUAGAAAAAUGAAAGCUGUUUGAUAUCUGGAUAAUUUCAUUCUCUGCAAAUACAACUUUUUAAGACAGAAGGUCCUUCUCAUCCUUUACAUAGAAAAAAUGCAUGUCUGCUCACAAUUGCCAACGUGGCUGAAAAGGUUUCAGCAAUGCUGUUGCCCUGCUCUUACAACAGCUCAGUGAUUAUUGCCACAUUUGCUGAGUGUAUUUACAAAGUCAGUGAAACUGUUCAUAAUUAGGACACCAGAACAUCAUGUGAUGAAACUGAGUCUUCUUCCAAUAAUCAAAAAUUAGGCUGGGGUUAUAUUUCUUGUCAGUUGUUUGUUUGUUCCCAUUCUCUGCAUUUUUAGAUUAAGAUAAAUAAAGGUACUGUAAGA